UUUCUCUCACACCUUUCUUUGUCAUUCAUCUAUAAAACUUGGAAUUUUAUGCUUCCAUUUGCCUUUUAUGCAACAAACCCAUUCAGCUUCAAGACCUUCAAUUUUUAGAACACUCUCUGUUUCCCCUAAAUUUAUUACCCUUCCCCCAAAUUUUUCAUUUCAACUUCAAUUUUCGUCUUUUCUUGGUUAAAGAUACGAGGAUAUCUAGAAAGCGCUUCUGCAACUUAACUUUUUUUUCCUUCAUCUCUUCACUCCAUUGGUUACUAUUACUAAUUCCCUCUGCAUAGACCGACCAUUUUCAUUUCCUGAAAAUUUGCAGAACCCCUUUUGACAUUUCUUUUAAUUCUGAUCUAAGGGGAAAAAAGAAACAGAGACUCUUCUCUCAAAUCAAUCAUAUUUUGGUAUUUGAUUGGAUGGAGAACUUGGAAAAUGUUUUUCUUCCAUACCCAAAAGUGAAAAGGGAAUCUCCUUUCCUUUUACUGCAUUGAUGAGCUGUUGCAUAGCUAAUGUCAUUGUUUGUUGCCUACUUUAUACUCUGAAAGUUUCACUUUCUUGUCUUCCCCUCAAAUAUAAUUUUUUUUUUCCCUUUCUUUUUGCCUCUCUUUUCUUUUUCUUUCCUUUUUGCAUUUGAACAGAGUUAGAACAGACUAAAACAGAGCAGAACAGAGCAAGCUUCUUCUACACCUUCAAGAGGCUCUUCUUCGUAAAACAUUCCAUCUCUUUUUUUUUCCCCUCUUUAACUUUCGUAUUCAUGGGGAUGCUGCAUUUGAGAACCUGCUUUUACUUUAACGCCUUAUAAAGCUGCAAAGCCUAUAUUUUGUUCUUUGUUUAGUCUCGCAAGAUAUCGCCCGCUCAACUCUGGUCAAAACCGCCUUUCCUCUUUUAAUUUUUUUUUUUUAAAAAAAGUUCUUGUUUUCCCCUCAUUGGAAGUAACUGUAAACCAACUGUUGUAGACUGGGUUUGGACCGUUUGGUUAGCUCUUGAAUUUCAAAGGGGGAGAAGAAGAAAAAAAUGGGUGAUCUCGAAAAUGAUGAAAUGGGUUUUAGAAAUUCGAAUGAAGGGUUAAUGAAUUGUCCAUCUACAAUGGCGAUGGGUUCUUUCUUUGGGUCUGGUUGGGAUCCAUUGGUUUCGUUAGGUCAAAGUGAGAAUUUUGGAGGAGCUUCUUCAAUGGUCUCUUCUCAUGGCGAAUUUUCUAAUUCAUUUCCUGUUGUUUUGGAGAAUCAUGGAGGGAGUGUAACGACACAACAAGGUAUUCAAUAUCCGACAGAUUUGGAGAUGGGUACGAAGUUGCCAUGUUUUGGGAGUGGGAAUUAUUCAGAUAUGUUUGGUUCUUUUGGUCUUGCCGGGCAGAUUCUUGGUGGGUGUUCUUCAAAUUACAGAAAUGGAGAAACCAACAACAACACUGCACAAACAUCACAAGAAAAUUUACCAUUAUCUGGUGAAGAAACUGCUGUAGGAUCAUCACCAAAUGGUAAAAUCAGAAAACGAGCCCUUGAUUCCACUCUCCCAUUUAGUCCAAAUAAGAAAUCUGAUAUGAAAUUGAAGAAGGAUGUUUCUGGGGAUAGUUCCAGUACACAAGAAGAAAAGAAUGUAGAAAUGGAACAAAAUUUAGGUGGGAAUUCACGUGGUAAGGCAACUGGAAAACAAACUAAAGAGAAAUCUAAUAAUAGUGCAGAAGCUCCUAAGGAAAAUUACAUUCAUGUGCGAGCUAGAAGAGGGCAAGCCACAAACAGCCAUAGCCUUGCUGAGAGGGUGCGGAGGGAGAAGAUUAGUGAACGGAUGAGAUUGCUUCAAGAACUUGUUCCUGGAUGCAAUAAGAUUACUGGAAAGGCUGUAAUGCUUGAUGAGAUUAUCAACUAUGUUCAAUCACUGCAGCAACAAGUUGAGUUUUUGUCAAUGAAACUUGCUACUGUCAACCCGGAUGUGAACGUUGAUAUUGAGAGGAUUUUAUCCAAAGAUAUUUUCCACGCACGAGGCAGCAAUGGAACUGUUCUUGGCUUUGAUCCUGGGUUGAGCGCCGUUUCCCCGGUCCCUCCUCACCGAAUGUUUCAGUUUCAAGGGACAAUGUCGAAUAUGCCAACCACAUCCACGCAGUUUCCUCCUUUGCCUCAGACGAUGUUAGAAAGCGAUAUUCAAAGUCUUCUUCAAAUGGGAUUUGACUCGAGUUCGGCCAUUGAAAAUUUGGGACCAAAUGGGCGGUUGAAACCAGAGCGCUAACUUCUUGCAAAUGAAGUGGAAAAAAAGCUCAUUUUAUUCCUCAACAGAAAUUCAAAUGUUUUCAAGUUGACAAAGGAAAAAAAAAAGAUUAAAUUCUGUAUAGGAUUCAGUUUCUAACUAUUGUUCUUCGAAUUUUAGCAGAAGAAGAUGGAUUAAUAGCAGAAAAGGAAUGUAAAUUUAGAUUUUGUGGGCGAGGCUGAUGAGAAUUGGUUUGAAUUGGGAUUGUAGAUUAGAGGAUGAAAUUGAAGGUUGAAGCUUUUGUACGAGUUUCCAUGGAAAUUUUCAAAUAGAAGGAAAUCUUCUUAUCCUUCUUUUGUUAUUUGUUUUUGCAAUUU